AAUCAUGUGCCGCAAACUCGUGGCUCUUACAGACUUAACUGAAGGAAUCAACAAUCCUCUCCUUCCCUUCUAUGUUUCCCUGUUCAUCCUCCUCUUCAUCCAUAACCAAUUCAAGGCUCGACCGCAAGUUAAGUUGCCGGCGCUGCCUCUUCCACCGGGACCCCGUCCAUGGCCAAUCCUUGGCAACAUGAUGCAGCUAGGGGAGAUGCCUCAUGUAACUUUAUCGGAAUUAGCCAAAGUAUAUGGCCCUCUCAUAUCCUUGAAGCUCGGCACUCAGCUUGUGAUCGUGGGGUCAUCACCGGCUGUUGCCAAGGAAAUUCUUAAAGAGAAGGAUCAUUUGCUGUCCGCUCGAUAUGUCCCUCAUGUAAUGCCAGCUGAGAGAUCGAAGCUCAGUUACAUAUCGCUCGGAUGGUCUCCGGAAUGCGGGAUUGGGUGGAAGUAUUUGCGAACUAUAUGCCAAACGGAGCUUUUCUCGAGGAACGCCAUAGAGUCUCGGGCACUAGUUCGAGAGAAAAAGGUCAUGGAGAUGGUGGAACUGAUCAGCUCGAGAGAAGGCGACGUGGUGAAUAUUGGAGAAGUUGUUUUUGCAACUGUUCUCAAUAUGCUGAGCAACAUUCUUGUCUCGAAAGACUUCAUAGAGUUUAAGAACGGGUCGGUCGACGGAGAGAUGAAAAAUCUUGUCGGGCAGAUGAUGGAGGUGUCUGCUAAGCCGAACAUAUCGGAUCUUUAUCCGAUCUUAAGCAGAUUGGAUCUCCAGGGUCUGCAGAGGAAAUCAAAGGAGCUGACAGUGAAGAUGAACGAAAUGUGGACAGCCAUUAUUGAAGAACGGCGAUAUCGGAAAGGAAAAGAGGGCGAUGAAGCAGCAGCAGCACAAUCAGACUUCUUGGACAUUCUCAUUGAAAACGACUUCACUGAUGAAACAAUCAAUCAACUGUACAUGGAGCUUUUCACUGCUGGAACAGACACUAGUAGCACAACAGUUGAAUGGGCAAUGGCAGAGCUGAUAAAAAACCCAGAGUCCAUGGACAAAGUUCGAGGAGAAGUUGCAAAAGAAAUCAGCCAAGACAAACCAAAAGAAUCCGACCUAUCCAAACUUAAGUACACAGAAGCUUGUGUCAAAGAGACACUGAGGCUGCACCCACCAGCGCCAUUGCUCCUGCCUCAUCGUGCUCCUCGAGCAUGCAGUAUGAUGAAUUACUUCAUCCCUAAGAACUCUCAAGUACAAGUCAACAUAUGGGCGAUUGGGAGAGACCCCACUAUUUGGAAAGAUCCAUUAGAGUUCAGACCUGAACGGUUCAUGCAAUCAUCCUUGGACUUCAAAGGCAAACAUUUCGAGUUUUUACCUUUUGGCACUGGAAGAAGAAUAUGCCCCGGACUGCCAAUGGCCGCUAAGCAAGUUCCCUUAGUUCUCGCUUCCCUGAUUAAGUUCUUUGAUUGGACACUUCCCCAUGGAACUGAACAUAGCAAGUUAGAUAUGACGGAAAAAUUAGGCAUCACUUUGCAGAAAGCACAGCCUCUGUUCCUCAUUCCAAAAGUUAGAAAAUGAGGAUCAGCAUAAUGUUGUUUUAGCUAAGUGUCAUGCCAAAUCUUCACUUCCUAAGAUUCAAUCAGCCUGCCUUCUUUGGAAAAUGUAAAAGUAAAAAGGAGGCUGCCUUUGUCCUCCAUGUAAAUAUCAGAGGAAUUC